CGGAACCGGCUCGGGAUCCGGCCCUCCCCACCGCCUGGAUAUUGAGGAUUGGCGGUUUCUCCGCGUUCGGAUUUUUGGGGGUGGGACGCACACACUCCGCGGCGACGGCUUGAAUCCGACCGGACAGCGGAUGGACCAGCAGCCCAGCCCCCGGAGCUGCAGCCGCGGCACCGCCGCCUGCGACGUGGUCGCCAACGAGCCAUCCAUGAAUUUGUACAUCCACACGACCACCGGCACCCGCUAUGAACUGUCGGUCCCCGCCGAGGAGACGGUGGAGGGGCUGAAGCGGCGCCUGUCCCAGCGGCUCAAAGUGCCCAAGGAACGGCUGGCGCUACUCUAUAAAGAGACCCGCCUCAGCUCUGGGAAGCUGCAGGAUUUUGGGGUGACGGAAGGCAGCAAGCUGACCCUGGUCCCCACGGUGGAAGCUGGCUUGAUGUCACAGGCAUCCAGACCAGAACAGUCGGUGAUGCAGGCCCUCGAAAGCUUAACUGAAACUCAGGUCAACGACUUCCUCUCCGGCCGCUCUCCGUUGACUCUGGCCCUGCGGGUCGGGGACCACAUGAUGUUCGUGCAGCUCCAGCUGGCCGCCCAGCAGGCAGGGGGUGGGCUGCAGCACCGGCACCACAGCGCCAGCCGGGGGGAGCCGGGAGCCGCCACGGGGAACCCCUCCGCCCAAUGCCGGCCUCUCCACGGGACCACGGGCGCCACCGCUGCUUCCUCCCCUUCUGCCAACUUCAAUGCCCGCGUGCCCGCCGCCAACCCCGCGCCCGUCACCGCCGCCGGAAUGUUCCGCUCUCACGGCGCCAGCGCCCAAACGGUUAAUAGCAGCCUGCUGUCCUCCUGCCCUGAGGUGGACUGUUCGUCCCGCAGCGGCAGCCCCAGCCCCAGCACCAGCGCCAGCUCCCCCCCCAGCGGCAGCCCCACCCCGGCCAGCCGCUCCCGCAAACCUGGCGCCGUCAUUGAGAGCUUCGUGAACCACGCUCCUGGCGUCUUCUCAGGGACUUUCUCUGGCACGCUGCACCCCAACUGCCAGGACAGCAGUGGGCGGCCACGCCGGGACAUUGGCACCGUCCUUCAGAUCCUCAAUGACCUCCUGAGCGCCACCCGGCACUACCAGGGCAUGCCCCAGUCCCUGGCGCAGCUGCGCUGCCAGACCCGGUGCCCACCCGCCGCCUCUGCCACCGCCACCUCUGCCACCACCGCCACCUCCGCCACCACCACUUCCUCCUCCUCCUCCUCGCCCCUGCCCUCCCCCGAUCUCACCACCAAAACUGCUACCUCCUGUGAGAAGCUCCCUCUGCACCCCACCGCCGUUGUCCAGUGCCAGAGCCAGAUCCGCAUGUGUAAGCCUGCCGGCGACCGCCUGCGGCAGACAGAGAACCGUGCCACUCGCUGCAAGGUGGAACGGCUGCAGCUGCUCAUGCAGCAGAAGCGCCUGCGCCGGAAGGCCCGGCGGGAUGCCCGCAGCCCAUACCCCUGGCUGCCCCACCGCAAGUCCAGCCGCGCCAACAGCAACAGCAGCGUGUCCAGCGAUGGCAGUCUGGACCUCGACUUCGAGGACUCGCUCUGGAAGCCCGAGGUCAAAGCUGACCUCAAGUCUGAGUUUGUGGUGGCCUAGGACUGGCGAGCCAUGAAUCCUUCCUUCUCCCUCCCCCACCCCCCCCUUCCUCCUUCCACCCCGUCCAUCAGACUCCCCCCUCCCCCCACCUGGCUGGAAGAGGCUGCUGGAGAAAUUGGGGGUGGCCUAGGACUUGGGAGCUGUGAGUCCUGGCCCUCUUGGGCCCCCCCCUCCCCCCACGCUGGAUUGGGAAGAGCCUUUGGAGGAAAGCCCCGCCACCCCCCACAGAACAGUGUUUGCUCCCUCCCUCCCUCCCUCUGGGGUUCAGGACAGUUGGAGUGGGGGUAGCCUGGCAAGGACAGACAAUUGCGUCCACAUUUUGUGUGUGGGUGUGCGUAUGUGUGAGAGAGAGACAGGCGAGUGCAUGCGUGUGUGUGUUUCCUUUCUUUGACUUUUUAUUUUGAAUUUUCAUUUCCAUGGACUCCCGGCUGCCUUACCCAGGUCUCCUCCUGUCCCGGACCCAGGACUGAGCCUGGGGGAAGGUGGAGGCGCGUGUGUUUCAAAAACAAAAAGCUGCUCUGUUGCUAGGUGUCUGCCUGUUUUUCCUUUUCACCUCCCACCCUAAAAGGCCCCACGCCCUCUCCUUCAGCAGGUUGUGAGACACAGAGCGAAACACACACACACACACACACA